AUGAGUCACAACGAUAAACAUUCAGCUACUUUCGCUUGGGGUGCCGGAGCACAAUCCGUCCAUAUCGCUGGAAACUUCAAUGAAUGGUCAGCUACUGCUACUCCAUUGAAAAAACAACCUGAUGGAAGUUUCACCGCCCAAGUCCCUUUACCUUGGGGUGAGAAACAAGCUUUCAAAUAUGUUGUAGAUGGAGAAUGGAAAGUAAGAGAGGAUGAAGCUAAAGAAUGGGACGCCGCCGGAAACAUGAACAACGUCUACACCGCACCUCCCGCACCUAUCUCUCACUCUCAAUCAUCAGCUUCACCUUCGGCCGUAGCUGCCAAAACUCCUACUCCAGCUCCUGCAUCAUCGGAGAAAACUGCUCACCCAACGGAGAAAGAUCAACCUUCAGCUCUCAACAACUCAGGACCCGUCCGAUCUGCUGUUCCAGCUUCCAAUAUCCCAGAUACCCCAGCUCCUACAGCUACCAAAACUGAACCUUCAACUUUAAUCGCUUCUUCAGCUCCAGGUUCAGCUUUGGGUCCACCUAUUCUCGGAGGUGCAGUUUUCCCUUCUUCACCUAAAACCAAAAAUACACAUCAUACCGACUUUGAAACUACUUCCUCUUCACCCACUACUGCUACUGCCACCACCACCUCUGAACGAGUCGUAUCAGCUCCUGCUCCUGUUCCUGUUGCCGCUCCCGCCUCUGUGCCAGCAGCAACCACCACCACCUCUACUUUGGACACUCAUCAUCAAAAAGCAGUUCCAGCUUCUAAGCCUUUAGCGGACGAACCAAUUUCAGUCCAAAUCGAGAAAGUAGCUAAACAAGCAAACAUCGGUGAAGCCCCUGCUCCUGGAACAGAAGAACAAGGUAUCGCUGAGAAAGCUUCAGAAUUCGCUGCCGGUGCUCUUGCCGCCAUCGGUGCUGUUGUUGGAAACGCCGCUGUCGCUGUCGAAAACCUCACCGGUGUAGAUCUAGCUCAUACUGCUCCUCUUUCGGUUGAAGAAGCUAAAGCUCAAGGUAUCGAUGUCAGAUCAUUAAACAAAACAGACGCUCCCACAGAUACCGUCGCCCCUGUCGGAACAGCCCCAUCUGCAUCUGCAGUUGACGCUCUACAGGAAAAGGUCGACGAGUUGAAACUCAACACCGCUUCUACCUCCACUACAGCUAACACUUCCAAUGGCAACAGUAGAGUAGCGGACGUGCCUUUACCUAAGACCGCCGAGCCUAAGACUUCUCUCCCACCUCCCGGUACUGUCAAUCUCAACCACAAAGAACCUGAGUCUAAGCCAAAGCAUGAUGUUCCCGCUCAACACGAGACUAAAGCCAACCAUCAAACCGUUCCUCAACCCAUCAUCACCACUGUGUCGGAUAAAGAUCCAAAGAAAGAUCGAACUGCUGCUUCAACAAGCUUAGAUGAUACUGCGGGAACAAAGCCAACCUCACCAAACCCAGGUGUUAGCGCUAAGAGGGAGAAAGAUAUCGCAGAGAGAGAUCCAGUAAGAACAGCUGCUGCUUCAGAUAGUCCUUUAUCAGAACCCAAGAUAGCACCAAACGCUCCUACCUCGAAUGUCAAAUCUGAUAAAGAUAACACUUCAAACAAUGUUGACAAAAUCACCCCUUCACCUCAAGCAAAAUCAAACGCAGCCCCUGCUCCUACACCCGCAGUAGCACCUUCUACCUCUGCUCCUACACCUGCAGCAGCUCCUGCAACUCCCGCUAAAACAGCGCCUAUUACCCCUGCGAAAGAUAUCGGUACUCCUGCCUCGACAACUUCCACUCCUGCUACUACACCCGCAAAAUCAGCUCAUGUCAAAGAUCAAACCACAGAUUCAGAUAUGAAGAAGAAGAAGAACAACAUCUUUGGCAAGAUCAAGCACGCUUUCUCUCCCAAGGACAAAUCCAAGUAA